AUGCAUCACUUCGCCCACUUGACCUGCAACAGCUCCCGUGGCAUCUCACGACUCAUCACACAGUUUCCCGCCAUUAAUCUUCCCGUUUCCAGUGAUGAGCACGCAAGAUGCAGCAAGAGCAACCAAGGGAACGGAACAACGGCGCAAAAGCCGUGCUUCCGCGGCCUGCUCAUUCUGUCGCCGUCGCAAGGUAAUCUGCCCGCCUCAAGCCUCUCCCACGGACGCAGCACUUACGACGCCAAGAUCAAAUGCAACAACCAGAGGCCUGUUUGUGCCAAUUGCUCCACCUACGGCGAGAAAUGCGUUUUUGAGCCCGUGAGCGAGCCGGCCAAACAAGCCGGCCGGGCACGCCACGUACGUGACCGGAGCCGGCGAACCCCGCGCAAACGGACCGAGCGGCAAGGCAGAACGCGUGUCGCGGAGCAGGUUGGUACAGGCGCGGAGCUACAGGCGCCUAUCGAAGCUGCGGGGACGGAGACCGAUGGCGAGGGUGGUGGUGGCGAUGCGGACGAUGAUGCAGGCAGCGUUGAAGGUGCUGCCAUGGUGGCGCAGCCGUCACCAGAUCCGCGCCCCAGUCGGAUCGUCGUCUCUGCCAAUGGCGUAUCCAGCUACCACGGACGCACAAGCGCGCUCUUUGAAGAUGGCAUCCCCGAACGCCCGCCGGCGGGCGACGUGCAGCCGCGGAUGCCGGAUGACUGGGUAGAGCGCGGCCUCGUCGCGGAAGCCGCCCGACAAAACCAAAUGGAGCAGCUCAACUACCGCAACGGCAAGCUCGACUUUGACGGCAUUCCCGCAGACCUGGGCAUGCAUCUCCUCUCCCUCCACUGGAACCGCCAGCACCACUCGUUCCUCGUCACGUACCGCCCGGCCUUUAUGCGCGACAUGGCCUGCGACGGCCCCUACUUCUCCAAGCUGCUCCUCAACGCCAUCUACUUUGGCGCGGCAAAGUUUAGCCCGCGACUCGAGGUGCGCAGGGACCCCGGCGACGUGCGCACCGCGGGGUGGCGGUUUCGGCAGCGCGUGAGGACGCUGCUGGGCGAAGCGCUCGACCGCAGCGACAUUACCACGAUUCAGGCGCUGCUGGUCAUGACAAACUCGCUGUUUGCGCUGGGCGAUGAGCGUAGUGCUGCGUGGUUGUACUCUGGGCUGGCGUUUCGGAUGAUUACGGAUUUGGGUGUGCAUGUCGACUUGUCCAAGCUGAAGAGAUGCUCGGAUGAGGACUUGGAAAUACGAAGAAGAGUAUUUUGGGGAGCAUUUGUUGUUGAUAAAAUCCAGAGCCUCUAUCAAGGACGACCGGUUAGUCUAAAGGAAUCAGACGCCUUGGUUCCUAUAAAGUUUCUAGACGUUUAUGAAGAACUUGAACCAUGGAAACCAUUUGCGUACUCGGAAUCAAGGUCCGACUUUGAACCAUCACCAGCAUACAGCACGUCGACAUUUGCAAGCCUAUGCAGGUUGUCGAUCGUCAUGAGCGACAUCCUAAGCACCAUCUACACUGAACGCAGUUCCGACCAAAGCUCAUCCAAACUCGCUGGCGAGCGAAUAAACUUGCAGAAAAAGCUCAAAGAUUGGGAUGAUGCUCUCCCGUCCUAUCUGCGCAUCGACUCGAACAAGCUUACGUUCUCACCUCGCUUGUUUUACAAGUCAACACCAGAGCUGACAAGAACCAGCGCGAUGCACCACGUUCUCGUUAUCCUUCUGCAUAGGCCCUUUGUAGCAGACGGUCAUCUUUAUAGCACGUCGCGCCAAAUCAGCGUCGACUCCUUUAUGAAGUGCGCAGCCUCUGCUUCCGCCAUAGUCCAGCUCCUGCGCGCCUACCACGCCGCGUUUUCGAUCCGGCGAGCACCCUAUCUCAUUUCGUACGCAACCUACGUCGCUGCGACGAUCCACACCCGCAUCGCCGCGCGGCGCAACCACGACUCCUCCGCGCACGCGAACCUCGCCACCUGCCUUGCUGUGUUUCGCGAAAACCAGGAGACGAACUCGGCCGUGCGCAAAGCCAAUCUGAUUGUCGAGGGCCUGAUGAAGAAGCUACGUGUCGUGGUUGCGCAGAGCGUUCUGGUUGGCGCACUGGAGAUGAACCAAGUCCCGAAGAACAGUGGCAGCGAUAACGCAGCUGGUCCGCGUCGUCGACGGCAGCCAACCUCAUCGAGGCCGAUACAUUCACCAUCACCUUGCGCUUCAAAACUCGGCACGCCCCGCAAUCUCGAGCUGCAAGAUACACCCGUAUCUGCUAGUGCGGCAUCUAGCUCACCCGCUUCCGACAUGGUGGAUGUAGACGGCAUAAUACAAGGCUUUCUCCACGAGAACGAACCCGUGGUCAGCAGGCCUGGCCCUCCCGCGGCAGCGCAUGCAUAUCCACAGCAAUAUCCCACGCAGCAAUGGUUCAGCCCGAGCCCAGCACUCCAGGGUCAUGUAUACUCUGCGUCUACUCUUCCGAUGGCCCCCGGAGUUGUGGGCCACACAUCCGAGGCGGCUCCCGUCAUGGCUGUGCCGUGGCUACAGCAAAGCGGUAGCGAGCAUUUCGGUCUGGAAGAUCCGAUUUUUGGAUUUAAUGGAUCUGGUCUGGACGAUUUCUCUUUCCUGGACACCAUUCUCGCCAUUACCCCGCCCGAUCUAAGACUCCUCGAUGCUUGUCUCACGCCGUUCGCGCUUACACCGGGAAACAACUACCUGCCACCAACACCAUUUAUGCUACCACACGAGCAAGUUACCGCGGACCCCAACUCCGCUAGGUUCUCAAUAAAUGGCGUCCCAUCCUCCUCCCAAGAAAGUCAUGCCGACAAUGCACGAACAAAGUGCCUUGCCCCCCCGCCCACUUUCCCAGAGGUUUUUGCAAGUUCACUCCCGCGGGAGCCCAUGCCCACAGCCAGUUCUGGCCAGCAGCCAACCGCCACAGAAACCAAUAUUUGGCCCAGAAACCAAUAUUUGGCCCAGAAACCUGGACGCCAUGGCAUCAAGCGUGCCUACAGCACCCGCAGAACGUCGUUCGGUCUUGCAGCAGCCCAUCUGCAUGGGAUGGCGGGAUGGCGGCCCGCCAAUAUUCGCGGCACGAGAAUGCUGCACCUAUUCAUGACCUGGUUGCUACCGGUGUACAAGGACUUGACAUUGAUCCGCCAAGACAUGAAAGUGGAAGAGCAUCAGCGUCGCGAUGCGCCGCGCCACUCGACGUCCUCGGUCGUCGACAUGGACGCCGAAAGCAAGAAAAAGGUACGCGCCGACUGCGUAGAGGACGUGGGCGGUGACGCAGGCGCCUACGUCUCGCCCAUGGACAUCCAAGCGCGCUUCGAGACGCUGCGCCACCUCGGCGCCGACGAGAUGGAGCAGCUCAACGCGCGCGUGCGCAAGACGAUUGACUGGCGCAUGAUGCCGAUUGUCUCAGUCAUGUUUCUCAUGAAGUACGUUUCACCGGAGCACAGUGUGCCGCGCGGCAUGAGGCUAACGCCUUUGGGCAGCUACCUGGAUCGCAUCAAUGUGUCCAACGCUCGACUGGCAGGGCUGCAAAAGGACCUGGGCAUCAGCGACACGUUGUGGAGCACGGGCAUCUCGACGUUUUACGUCGGCUACUUAAUUGGCCAGCUGCCGGGGAUCAUGCUGCUGACGCGGACGAAUCCGCGGUACUUUUUGCCAGCCGUCAUGUUGAUGUGGAGUUUUGGUACGAUUUGCAUGCCUGCCAUGAGAAGUGGUGCCGGUUUCGCCGUCUGUCGGUUCUUUAUUGGCUUGACUGAAGCGCCCUUCUUCCCUGCGUUGACCCUGAUGACCUCGUCUUGGUACACCAAAGAGGAAAGUCCUCUGCGCAUGGCCAUCUGGCACGCCGGUAACACCGUCUCCAACAUCAUCUCGGGCUUGCUCGCGGCCGGCAUCCUCCAGCACAUGGAGAGCACCGCGGGGUUGCGUGCGUGGCAGUGGUUUUUCCUCAUUGAGGGCAUUGCGUCUAUUUUCGUGGCCUGCGCUGCCUUUUUCCUGCUGCCCGAGUGGCCGUCCAACACGCGCUUCCUGACGGAGCAGGAGAGGCAGAUGGCGCAGUACCGCAUCCUUGUGUCUAACGGCGGCCGCGAGGAGGAAGCCGGCGGCUUGUGGGACGGUCUGAAGCAGGCGUUGCGGGAUCCGUUUACAUGGCUCUUUUGCCUGAUGCAUUUCGCUCUGGUAACGGCGCAGAGCUUCAAAGACUUUCUUCCCUCUAUUAUAAAGACGUUCAAGUUUGACAAGACAACAACCUACCUCGUACAGACACCGCCGUACGCCAUUGCCUACGUAUUUGCCUGUCUGGUGGCCUACUCGUGCGGGCGCUUCCAAGAGUCGACCUUUCACGUCAUUGUGCCCAUCCUCGCCUCGGCCGCCGGCUGCGGGGUGUUGAUCGGGACGCUCAACGUGGGUGCUCGGUAUUUUGGGCUGGUGCUGCUUAUUGCGGGCACGUACAGCGGGCUGAACCUGCAGCUGUCGUGGGAGACGACGGUGGUGCCGGCGCCGCGGGCCAAGAAGGCGGCGCUUAUCGCCUUGGCCGACUGCAUCAGCCAGGUGAGCCACUGGUUCAGCCCGUACUUUUACCCGACGAGCCAGGAGCCUUACUACCGCAUGGGCGGCGGGCUGCUGCUCAUGGGGUGCGCGCUGGUCGUGGUGUCGGCACUUGCGGUGCGCUGGCGGGCGCGGAUUCUGAAUAAGAGGUUGGACGAGGCCGAAGGGUGGACUCCGCACCCGGGUGUGAAGAGGGGAUGGCGGUACAAUACGUGA